AUGUCUGCUCCUUCUGAAGAAGAAUCUCAAGCGGAGCUCCGAUCCGCCGGAAUGACCGAGGCAAGCAUCGAAGGUCUCACUGCAUUGACCAAACGGUUCCAAACUGGAUUCCCAGCUGCCAAGGAGAGCGCCGAAGGUCCGGACAAAUUCGUCGAGGAGUACACUGCCGAUGCUCAAGCCUUCAGAACCUCCAUGCCAGAGGGAGAUCAAGCAAUCUACAACGACUACUUGAAGAAGCACGGACUCGAAUAA